AUGAUGUGCACGGUGAGAGGUGUGGCAUGGACUAUUAUCGGGCAACCAGAUCAUUUCGCUUUCUCCAAUAGAAGCGCGAAGAAAGAUCAGGAAGAGGAAGACUGGGGUUCAGUGGAUCCACCAGAUAAUGAAGAUGACUGGGGUCUAAACAACACUUCAGCUAGUGCAGAUGGAUCCGCAAGGGCGAGCAGUAUCAGAGGAAGAGGAGGUGGAACGUUUGGCUCGAGAACCAAAGGAUUUCAAGAAGAAGAUGCUGACUACGGAAGUGGCGGCGGCGGUUUCGGAAGUGGAGGUUUUUCUGGAAGGGGCGGUGGAGUUAGAGGACGAGGAGGCGGUAGUUUUGCUGCUAGAGGUACCGGCUUCGGAGGAAGUCAUGUCAAUUUUGGAAGUGAAGAAGCUACCGGAAGAUCUACAAGUUUCGGAGCAAGAGAAGGUGGUUCUUUUGGAUCCAGGAAUAGCUGUUUUGGAGGCGCUGAUGGUGACAUCGGCGACAGUGAAAGCAGUUUCCGAGAUGGCAGAGGCGGACGUGCCAGAGGUAGAGGUGGAACGCUUAGCUCCAGAAAUGCUGAUCGUGAUGUAGGAGAUAGUGACUAUGGAAGUGGUGACAAUGGUUUCGGAAAUGGAGAGUUCGCAGGAAGAAGCUCCAGAGGGCGAGGACGCAUC